UUAGAUUAAAGCUAGCCUGGAUACAUCUACACAAGAUGUAAAUUAUGCCUCUGGUUGCAGUGUAGGCUAGCAAGAGACCAGAAAGACACAGUCAGUCUUUUAUAGCUGAACUUCACUAAUUUGUUCUGAUGAUUGAAAGGCCCAUUGCAAAUUAAUAAGUAAACAAGUCGUGAAAUCAAGGGCAUUGUAUCGCAAAAUGUACUUUGAUCAUCGCUUUUGAGAGUUGUAGCUUAAACUAAGUAUUAUUUGUUUUGUUUGGAAGCAUGAUGAGACCAUGCAGGUCCUUCGGAGAAUUGUCAUUCUGUUGCGUUAGCCGAGUUCUUCAUAUGCUAGGCACCGUGGUAUGUUAAAGGAAAGGAGUGAUUUCAGAUUUAAAUAAUUGAAACUCUGAGUUUCCUAGUGUGGAAGGGUUUGAAUUGGACUUGUGUCUCUCCUGUGUUUAUUUUUUUAAAAUGCACCUUUCUUGGUUAUAUUUACAAAGAUAGAUGUAUACAAGUAUGGACUUUUUUCAAAAGUAUUAUUUACUCAUUUGAAUCUCUUGGAUAACUUCAAAUGGUUUGAAACAGAUCUCCUCUGACCCAUCACUAUUUACCAGUGAGCAGUUUUUCUGAGCUGUAAUAAAGUAAGCCCCCAAUCCUGCAAUUGGAUCCACUAGCAUGAACCCCAUUGACUUCAGUAGGACUGUGCUCAGCCCAUGGGUCUGCACUAAUAGAUCCAAUUGCAGGAUCAGGGCUAACAUACAUAAUUGAGAUGUGUACUAUGGAAGCUUUAAAAACAAACAAACAAAAAACCUCUAGGUCAUUGAGUGUGCAUGCCAAAGCUCACGUGAGUGAAACAGUUGAUGAUAGCAGCUCAUCAUGGAAAUGCUGAGAGGAUUUUAAUCUCUCUAAUUUUUUGUUAUAGGCAGCAGACAAAUACUGAGCUUCAUCACCAUGUCUGCCCUGGCAACAGAACCUACAGUCUUCUUGCUUUCCCACAGAAAAAGUUUGUGACUCCCAGUUCCCUCUGAAGAAUGAGCAGUGUCUGUGCUGGGUCAGUAACAGUACCUGCAACUCUAGUUGCUACUGUUUUGUGAUUGUAACUGAAAAGAUGUACCCAGUAGGUGAUAAGCAACAGAGUCUCCUGUGGCACCUUAAAGACUAACAGAUGUAUUGGAGCAUGAGCUUUCGUGGGUGAAUACCCACUUCGUCAGACGCAUCAAAGUUAAAUGUCUUCAGAAGAUAAGGAAGCUCAGGAGGAUGAGCUGCUGGCUCUAGCUAGUAUUUAUGAUGAAGAUGAAUUUAAGAGGGCAGACUCUGCCCAAGGAGGAGAAACAAGAAUUUGUCUGGAGUUGCCCCAAAACUUCAAAAUAUUUGUGAGUGGAAGUCCCACAGAGUGUCUCCAGAACAGUGGAUUUGAAUACACAAUUUGCUUUCUGCCUCCACUUGUAUUGAAUUUUGAACUCCCGCCAGAUUACCCAUCAGUCUCUCCGCCUGUGUUCACACUCAGCAGCAAGUGGCUCUCCCCGACCCAGCUUACUGCACUUUGCAAGCACUUAGACAACCUGUGGGAAGAGAACCGAGGCUGUGUGGUCUUGUUUGCCUGGAUGCAGUUUCUUAAGGAAGAAACACUAGCUUACCUGAACAUCACCUCCCCAUAUGAACUAAAACUGUGCCAUCAAGAAAAUAGGCAGAGCAGGACAUCUCUGUUUCCUCUGAAUGCUGAGCUGGAUGAUUGUGGUGCAGCAGGUGCUGCAACAGCACAAGAAGAAAUCCUUGAUGAAAGAGCUGUACAGGAUGUGGAGUCUCUGUCAAGUCUGAUAGGGGAAAUCUUGGACUUUGAUCAGUCUCAGCAGAAAAAAUGCUUUAACAGUAAGAUGUUCUUGUGCAGCAUCUGCUUUUCUGAGAAGCUGGGUAGUGAAUGUAUGUACUUCAUGGAGUGCAGGCAUAUAUACUGCAAAUCCUGUUUAAAGGACUACUUUGAAAUUCAGAUCAGGGAUGGUCAGGUCCACUGCCUCAGCUGUCCAGAACCAAAGUGUUCUUCUGUUGCUACUCCUGGCCAGGUUAAGGAACUGGUUGGAGAGGAGUUGUUUGCACGUUAUGACCGCCUACUUCUGCAGUCCAGCUUGGACUUGAUGGCAGACGUGGUAUAUUGUCCUCGUCCAUGCUGUCAGACUCCAGUGAUGCAAGAGCCGGGUUGCACCAUGGGCAUAUGUUCCAGUUGCAACUAUGCCUUCUGUACCGUCUGUAAAAUGACUUAUCAUGGAGUCUCUCCAUGUAAAGUGACUGCGGAAAAGCUCAUGGAUUUGCGUAAUGAGUACCAAGAAGCAGAUGAGGCCACUAAAAUAUUUCUGGAGCAGCGCUAUGGCAAAAGAGUGAUUCAGAAAGCCCUUGAGGAGGUGGAAAGUAGAAAAUGGCUAGAAAAGAACUCAAAGGCCUGCCCUUGUUGUGGCACUCCUAUAGAGAAACUAGAUGGUUGUAACAAGAUGACAUGCACUGGCUGCAGGCAGUACUUCUGCUGGCUUUGUAUGGGUUCUCUGUCUAGGGUGAACCCAUAUAGGCACUUCAAUGAUACAUCCUCCCCAUGCUUUAACCGGUUGUUUCAAGCUAUGAAUGUUGAUGGUGACUUCUGGGAUGCUGAAAAUGAAGACUAACUAUGGUCUGUAUCACCUAAAGCUGAAGAAACAAGAAACGAAUAUUUUCCGCUUACGUCAAGUUUGUUUGCUGUCAUAUGAUGAGUGAUAACACUUCACACUGCAGGCUGCUUACACAACCAUUUGGAUGCUGUUGCCACAAACAAGAGACCAAUUCCCUCCUCUUCUAGUGGUUUAGGUCCCUCAUGUACAUAUCCAGUGCUAAACAGAGUGAACAAACUGUCAUCCGAAGGCUUAAAAAAUAGUUGAGAAAACUCUAAAUACCAUAAUGUGCCCCUUUUUCUGAAACACAUCCUAGAAAUUUCUGUUUGGGAAUUUCUCCAGGAAGUUUGGUCUUGCAAGGAUCUCUGGAUUCCAUCCUACAUACUUUGCAAUAAUCUUUCCUAUCACUGAGGUAGGCUAGAUGUGCUCUCCUUGGAGCCCUUUGGUGAAGCUGCUUGUGCCCACUGCAGGAAGACUAUUAAACAUAGAGAGAGGGGAGAAAUUCUUAUGCUGAGACUGAGCCAGUUGCUUUCAUAGCAUUUCCUGACCUGGAUCCAAACUGAUUUUUCUGUGGUGGUUCACUGCUCUAACACUGACACACUUCACUGGGGUGGUAGAGGUUUAUAAAUUGCAGAAUUUUUGCCCCUUAUUCCUUCUCCUUCUCCCAUCCUCCCACCACCACAGAGUGGAUCUAAAGCCUGGGUCCUGUGUAGAAGGUUACUGACAAACAUUUCCUGUUUUUAUAACUCUCACUUAUUGAUUCAGUUCCAGUAAUUCAUUUCCAUGUUGCUAUCAUAUCUUAACAGGGAUGGAAUUUAUAUGGUCUGGUGAUUAUUUUCAUAAUGAUGGAUAUUAAAACAGUCUGUGUGCCCAAUCUGUGAAAUUCUGUGCAGUCUUGACUCAAAUAUUAAUGAGGUGCUUAAAUAAAAGAAAAGCACCUCAGACACUGAACUGAAAUUUUACAGGUACACAAUUGUGACUUGAAUCCCCUAACUGCAUAUUUUUCCUUCCCAAUUUCUAGUUAAAAUUUGUGAAAUUA